AUGGGCUCUGAACUCGUCUCUACCGAUGCCAAGAACAAGUUGGAAGACUUGUCUGGCAUCACGAUCCUGCCCGGUCAAAAUCCAUAUGAAGCCUUCAUUAAAGCUUGCAAUGAUAACCCAGCAGAGAUCCAGGCUCUUUACCAAGCUCACAGAACGAAGAGGAAUGAGCAGCAGAAGCAAAAGUUUAUUGCUCCCGACUUCAAGGAGCUCAUUAUUGACCCAUUUCUCCUGAGAUUGGAAAAUCCAGAGAUGGAACCGGGCUUCCAGGACCCUCGCAACUGCUUGGUCUUUUGGGCGCGGCCGCCGGAUCACAUUGUGCAACUUUCGGCUCAUCUGCAGUCUUUGCUUAAGAAGGCCGCACCGAGUGAGGCCCCUAAACAAAUGCACCUUACAACCCUCGAGGUGACGCACUCCAAGACGCCCGAGGAGAUCAUCACUCUCACGAAUAACAUGCGCUCGGCGAUCCCCUACAUCACGGACUACACCUACUCCCACAGGUCCCGUCUCGUAAGACCCAUGAUCUCCUACGACCUCUCCGCCUUCGCCGUCUCCUUCCUCCCGGCUUCUGGCGAGCCGCCCCUGAGCCCGGCCCCGGCGCCGACCGCCCAGCAGCAGGCCGUCGUGCAAGGGGACGACUACACGUACCACCACCUCCGCCGCGACGUCUUCACUCUCGCGCAGUCGUCGGGCGUGCAGAUCGAAUCGAGAUACCAGGUGCCGAGCGCGCACAUCACGCUGGGUCGGUACCUUACGGAGAAGGACCACGAUACGCCCGAGGCGAGGAAGAAGUGGGUUGAGGCCAUUGAUGAGAUCAACGCGUGGCUCGAAAAGGAGGUUUGGGAUCGUCCGGGUGCCGAAUGGAUUGGGGAAUGGGUUGUUGGGCAGGAAAGAGGUUUGGAUGCCCGUAAUGGACAGCUGUGGUACGGAGGCGGGAGGACGAUCAAGCUAGGGGAGGGCUUCUGA